UUCUCCUUGGACAGACACGUGUAGGUUGCAAAAUUAUUUUGCCUGACCUCGAUCGCACUGGAAUCCUUCUCCUGUGGAGGAUUUAGAAAGGCGGAGCUGCUGCUGGAAGAAGCAAAUACUAUUUGAGUCCCACCCCGUACGCGCCGCCAUCUAAUUUGAAGGAAGGCUACUUCCCCACUUUCUCUCUCGCACAGUCACACACUGAAGCCAUGGCUUCAUUCUUUCAGAAACUUGCAAAGGCUGCACCGAUCGCCUUUACUCAAGCUUAUCGUGGCCAAUCCAAGUCUGCUUCUGCCAAUUUUCGCUUCCCCAUUGGUGCAAUUGCCGCAGUGUCUGGAGGCAUUUCCUAUAUCUAUUACUAUUCCUCCUCAAAAGUGGUUUACCUUGAUGAAGCCAGUGAAGAUUCAGGGCCACCAAUGGCUCUCAAUCCUAACAAAUGGAUCGAAUUCAAAUUGCAAGACAAGGCGCAAGUCAGCCACAACACUCAAUUAUUUAGGUUCUCCUUUGAUCCGUCUGUUAAAUUAGGUCUCGAUAUUGCAUCCUGCCUUCUUACGAGAGCCCCAAUUGGAGAAGAUGCUGAAGGGAAGAAGAAAUAUGUUGUUAGACCGUAUACGCCUAUAUCAGAUCCAGAUGCCAAGGGAUAUUUUGAUUUAAUGAUUAAGGUGUAUCCAGAAGGGAAAAUGAGUCAGCAUUUCGCAAAGUUAAAACCAGGGGAUGUUCUUGAAGUGAAAGGUCCCAUCGAAAAGCUCAGAUAUAGCCCGAAUAUGAAGAAACACAUUGGCAUGAUUGCUGGAGGAAGUGGCAUUACUCCAAUGCUUCAAAUUAUAGAGGCUAUCGUCAAGAACCCUGAUGACAACACCAAGGUCUCAUUAAUAUAUGCAAAUGUAUCCCCUGAUGAUAUACUUCUCAAAAAGAAACUUGAUGUUCUAGCAGCAAGCCACCCUAAUGUGACGGUGUAUUACACUGUUGAUAAUCCUACAAAUGACUGGGUUGGUGGCAAAGGUUACAUAUCAAAGGACAUGGUCGUGAAAGGAUUGCCUGCUCCUGGGGAUGAUACUCUUAUCCUUGUCUGUGGUCCUCCAGGCAUGAUGGAACUUGUGUCCGGCAACAAGGCCAAGGAUUAUUCACAGGGCGAGGUGUCGGGCUUGCUGAAGGAUGUGGGUUACACAGAGAGCAUGGUUUACAAAUUCUGAGUAACGGUUUGGAUAGAAAUGACAUACAUGUAUGCAAUAAGUCAAUGGUGACUGGUGAGGAAAGGGAACACAAAUUUUUUCAGCCUGUUAACCUUGAAUUUAAUUGAGAGCAUAAAAUCACUUCAAUCGGCUCCGUCAUGUUUCUGAUGGCCCUUUUGUGUAACAUAAAAUAUAGACUGUAGAUUGUACUAUUUAAAUGAUCUUCCUUUGAGCUUCUGUCAUUUGCGGGCUAAGAUUUUGCAAGCUUUUUAUUCACCACAGGCUUUGUUCGCUUUUAAUAUUGCUCACUCUGUCACCGCGCUUUUAUA